UGUAACUUAAGCAUAUCAAUCUUGUAAAAUCGUUUCUAUAUAUUGUUAUGAACUAUCGGUUCGAAUGAAAUAGAAUUUUUAGCUUGGGUUAGAUGCAGAACAGGUUAAAAGUUUCAGUUAAAAGAAUAAUAAUUGGUUUAUAAUGUGCUAAACUUAACUUGAAUAUAUUUUUUAUUUUAAAUAUUUUAUUAUAAAGUGAAUAAUUCAAAUAAAAUUAUCAAAUCACUCUGAUCCGUUGCUCACACAAGCCAAAAAAUGGCAGAUGAUAUGCAAAUCUACACGGAGGCAACAAAAUCCGAAGGAGUUCCCAAUCCUGGAAUAAAUUCUCCAGAUUCUUACUUCGAUCGUGAGAAAACGUUGGUUUUAAUUGAACUGUUUAAGAAGUACAAACCAGUGAUGACCAAAGGUGAUAUAAAAACUAUGAAAGAAAUGUGGGAUGUAAUUGCCAAUGAUAUGUCCAAUCAAUUUGAAAAACCAAUUACUGGUUCUAAAUGUAAAAAUAAAUUUAAAGUGUUGGAAAGGGGUUACAAAAAGAUGAUAAAUGAUAAUGAAAUCGGAAAACGGCGAAAGAAAAAUUUUCCUUACGCAAAAGAGUUUAAAGAUAUUCAACCAAGAAAAUACGAAUUUGUACCUGGACUUGUUCACCCGUACACAAAUAUUCCAAAUACAAAUACUGAAAAGAACGAUACAUCUUCAACUGAAAGUGCGACAGAAGUUGGGGCGGAAGUUACCUACACAGAAUCUUUAUACAUUAGUGAAGAGAAUUAUGUGCCUCAGAAUCAUAUUGAAGUUUGUCAAACUGAUUAUGUUAACGGUACUACUCAGGAAGUUGAACCAGCUGAAAUUACGAUACAAACAACACCUCCCUUACCUGUCGAAUGUACCGUUGUCAAUCAAAAUCGUCAAUCAGAAUUACAUUGGCCAGAAGACAAUUACUUCAGUAAAGAUCGAACUUUGACAUUAAUUAGUUUAUAUAAGAUAUUCUCCCCUAAAGUAGCUAUGGGAGCAAUGAAAACGAAGCGGGAAAUGUGGGAUACAAUAGCUAAACAAAUGUCAGAACACUAUAAUAUAACAAUUACAAGCGCUAAAUGUGAAAAUCGUUUUAAAGUAUUAGAAAGAAAUUUCAGACAGUUAGAAAUACAUAACACACAACCUGAUAAUCUUCCUAAAACAUACGAAUAUGAGGCAGAACUUAGAGAAAUUUUUGGGGACAGAUUUAAAAACCAAGUGAAAGAAAAGAUUGUUGAAAAACAAGAGCCAUCUACAUCUGCUGAGACAAUAGACAUAAAUCAGCAACCAUACACUAUACGAUUAGUUGAAACACAACCGAUACCUAUAGAGUUACAGCACCCAGACAGACUUGAACGAAUUUUAUUAGGUAUAAGAAGUGACCUUCAGUACUAUCAGAAUGAAAGGUUGAAAGUUGAGUGGAGAAAAUUAGCAGUUGAAGAAGAGAAAUUAAAACUUAACAAAAGAAAGUUAAAAUUACUUGAAGAUCAAAAAAGAGCUGACUCUUAAUAUUAAUAAAGUAAAGUGGUUUUUGGUUUCUAUUUUAAAAUAUAGGAAACCACUAGGACAAAAAAAUAUAUAAACUUUUGCGCGAACUGUAAAUUAUUGUUUUCCAGUAUUUAUUGAAGGUAGCUAAAAUUGUAAUAAAUCUUCACCUUCCAAAUAUCUGAAUUAAUAGAUACAGAUUAUUU